AUUUCAAAAUUUAAAGGAUUAUCAGCUUGAUACAGGCCAGUGAAUUCGUUAAUCAUUAAGCUGAUGGGCACUUCUGAAGCAGUUCUUCAAGUUUUUUGCGGGGCUGUACCACGCCUUUGUAGUACUGAUUCAUGUUUUAGCAAAUGUGAUCCUAUAUUUUCUUCUAAAUACCAAUUAAAAUGUCAGAAGAGAAGGGUCUCAAGAUACAUGCAAUUGCUCAGUUGUUCAGGUAUGCAACAAAGUCGUAUAGGAAAUUAUCGAUUUCGGGGGAUAGGGAGUGGUUUGUUUGGAAAUAUGAACGUAGGAGAUUCUUGGAUUCAGAGUUGCAAGUGCCAACAAGCUGAAAGUAUUAGUGGGGCAACUACAGAAAAUGAGAAUGGGACAUGGUUUGUGGAUGGUGCAAAGAAAUUGAACACAAUCAACAACAUGGUGAAUGUGCCGAAUGCUUUGGAAUUUCAAGAUGUUCAGCAGUUGAAACAGGAAAAGGAGGGCUUGUCACCUAAUGGAAUAAAUGGAACAGUUAGAGAUGCCUUUCACAAGAUUAGUGUUGAUUCGCUCGAGGAUGAAGCAUGGGAUCUACUACGUGAAUCUAUGGUUUAUUAUUGCGGAAGUCCUGUUGGAACCAUUGCUGCAAAGGAUCCUACCAGUUCCAAUGUGUUAAAUUAUGAUCAAGUCUUUAUUCGUGACUUCGUACCUUCUGGCAUAGCUUUCCUCUUGAAGGGGGAGUAUGAUAUUGUUCGGAACUUUAUACUUCAUACUCUUCAGUUGCAGAGCUGGGAGAAAACAAUGGAUUGUCAUAGUCCUGGUCAGGGUUUGAUGCCUGCUAGUUUUAAAGUGCGUACUGUUCCUUUGGAUGGUGAUGAAUCUGCAACAGAAGAGGUGCUGGAUCCAGACUUUGGAGAGGCAGCAAUUGGCCGUGUUGCCCCGGUAGAUUCUGGGUUAUGGUGGAUAAUCUUGUUACGUGCAUAUGGAAAAUGCUCGGGUGAUCUCUCAGUUCAGGAGAGAGUUGAUGUGCAGACAGGGAUUAAGAUGAUUCUAAGGUUAUGUCUAGCUGAUGGUUUUGAUAUGUUCCCUACAUUAUUGGUAACAGAUGGUUCUUGUAUGAUAGAUCGACGUAUGGGAAUUCAUGGUCACCCACUGGAAAUCCAGGUAUCAUAUUCUUGA